CUCAAGCAGUGCAGUGUUGAUCGCUUGUACAAGAGUCCGCACAGUGUUUCUUCUUCCGAUCGUGCCCGUGCUUUAUUCGUUCCGUUAGCGCCGUCUCUUCUUCCUACGAACCGCAGCCUACUCCGGAGGUUUGCUGCUUUCUUGUACUUUCAUGAAAUUGAUCCAAAAAGUGCUGCUUCGAUUCGGUUCGUCGCCAGUUCAGUGCUGGAGCGCCUUACGGAUAGAUCGAAUCGGUUCUAUUUAACGAAUACCCACGAUGAACUGCUCUCUGGACACCAGCUACCAUCCGUCCGGCUCGGCAUGGACGCUGCACGACGCCAUCCACGGGACAGUCCACUACCCAUCCUACGUACAGCCCAUCGUGGACACGCCCGAGUUCCAGCGGCUCCGAAACCUCAAACAGCUAGGAACGAGCGCGAAAGUGUUCCCGUGUGCAACCCACACCCGCUUUGAGCACUGUCUGGGCGUUGCUCACCUGGCUAGUACGCUGCUGGACACGCUGGAGCGCAACUCGCGCGUUCAGAUCAGCGACAUCCACCGCAAGUGCGUGACGCUGGCCGCUCUGCUUCACGAUAUUGGCCACGGCCCUUUCUCGCACAUGUGGGAGGACUUUGUGCACCGUGGAAGCGACAAGACGUGGACGCACGAGCAAUCAUCCUGCGAAAUGGCCCGUCAGCUCUUCGCCAACAACGCCAUCCAGCUGUCCCAAGGGUACGAACACUUUUACGCGGAGCAGUUGAUCUGCGCGCUCAUCACGGGCAACCAGGAAGCGCUCAGAACGCUCCUCACGCCGGACACAAUGUUCCUGGCGGAGAUUGUGCACAACAAGCGCUACAAGCUGGACGUCGACAAGUGGGACUAUCUGAUGCGAGAUUUGUUCUACCUGCGGGGCGUUAUCGACGUGGACAGCGAGUUUGUGCGGUUGUUCGAGCACGCCCGGGUGGUCCGCGAUAAGGAGGGGGUGACCCAUAUCGGGUACCGAGCGCGGGACUAUCGCUGGAUCGUGCAGCUGUUUGAGGCGCGGGCGAAGCUGCACAUGGAGUGCUACCAGCAUCCGAUCAUUUUGGGGCUGGAGAAGUUGCUAAUCGACGCUUUGACACAAGCCGAAGAAAAUGGCUUCCGUAUCAAAGGAACCAAAAUCUCCGAAGCGCACCAGUCGCCCCUAGUCUACCAGUACCUGGAUGACAGCGUCAUCAGUCUGAUCGAAACGAACGAAAGCGCAAAGCUGCAGCAGGUGCAGCAAACGCUGGCACGCAUCCGCUGCCGGCAGCUGUACAGCCGGAUUCACGCGUCCAGCGAACCGUGCGAUAUCGACGAGCUGAAAAAGCGCUUCGGGACGGAUGAGUUCUUCCAGCUUCGCAAGCGAAUCCCGUACGGCAGCGAGAUGGCCCCCCGGAAUGUGCCGCUUUACGACGAGCGGGGCGAGCUGGUCGAGGACAGUGGCAGCAUUGUGGAGCGGGUUCUAAGCGCGAUUCCCGACAAGGGCCACUUUGAGCAAUACCUGGUGUACUGCAAGUCUGAGAAAAAGGACGUCGUCAGCAGCGCUCGGGAAUAUCUGGAGAAUGGUUCGGUUUCGAGAUAGAUUUUUAACGGCGAGAGACUUUAAAUUUACCGUAGACAAAUUAUGUUUUUUUUUUGCGAGGAGCUUAGCGCAGGAUUUUUUUCUGAACUUUUUAUUUUGUUUUUAUUUAUUUUAUGUUCAUUUUACCGUCAAGCAACGUAAUUUUGUACCUCAGACAGAGGGUUCGUAGUGUAGGUACGUUCGAAAAACCAACAAUAGUGUUCUUAUUGUGUGCGUACGUGCGUAUGUGUGUGUGUGGACACAACUCCAAAGUAUUUCGUCAGUACGUAUUGCUUUUCAUCAGUCAACACCAAAGUUUGUCCAGAGACAGCGUUCGAUAUGAAAUGGAUAUUUUUUAUAUUUUGUUUAUUAGUGUAAAUUUGGAGUGGACAGAUAGCAAAUAUACCAGAUAUUUCGAUAC